UCUCACCAGACCUCAGUUACAAUUACCUUAGGACUAACUCUAUAAUAUAAAGAUUUGAACUGCGGUAACCUUUCCGCCGCAAAUAUCAUUCUCUGAUGCUUUGGUCUUUUCAUUGCCAUUUAAUUGCAUGCCGCCCAUCCUGCGAAAUGUCACCAAUAACAGCACCCGCCAAGAUGAUUUCUAAGACGGGCGAACAUUGGGGCAGUGUUUACACGAGGGCGCGCAAAUAUCAUAGAUAUAGCCAAGAUGGAGCCUCGGAGGUCCCGAAAACCGGACACCCUACACCAAACAAAGCUAAGUUCGAUCGGUUCAAUAUGUAUAAGAUGCCCCUAGGACACUUUGCUUCCUUUUCAACUCACAUUUCGGUCAGAUCUACAGCAGGCUCGACCAAAGUUGCGUUUUCCUUUUCGCUUUUUUGUCGUUUGUAUCAUUCGCCACGGCUCACAUUUACAUCAUGAUGUCCACGAAAAUGGCGUCAGUCGUUACCACCACUGAGGUCCAGGUGAAGCAGACAUGCGAGGUGACCAUCGGCGAUGCACUGCCGUCUGAUGCGGCGGCGAUAGCUCUAAUCGGCGCCAACACUUUCACCGCAACAUUCGGUUUCUCCGUCCCAGAAAACGACUUGGCGGACUUUCUAGCAGAGACGUACUCGUCAGAAGCUAUUGAAGCAGAGAUCAUAAGCGCACAUGAGAACAACAUCAGCACAUUUGUCGCCCGUGAUGAACUGGGCUCUAUUUUAGGAUUUGUGCAGCUCGUUCGCGGCCUUACCGAUCCAUCCCUGAAGGGAGAUCCUUCCUCGCACGCCGAACUGCGGAGGCUUUACGUAGAUACCACGGCCCAUGGCAAGGGUAUCGGGACCAAACUCAUCUCUGUUGUCGAGAACAAGGCCAGGUCUGAAGGCUUCAAGCAGCUAUGGCUUACCGUCUGGGAGGACCAUAAGAGCGCACAACGGCUCUACCAGAGGCUAGGGUACUCGAAGGUAGGCGCAGUGGAAUUUCCUACCGGAACCUGCAUUCAGACGGAUUGGGUAUUGGUAAAAAGCCUGUGAUUGAUUUUAUUCGGUCAUGCCUCCUUUUUUUAGAGACCAGGCAUAGAGAAAGGAAGCCGAUUUGCAUACCUAGACUGGGCGUUGGCACAUAGGUAGAAAAGACACGGGGAUUCGGCGGCAGGUUUCACUCGCAGCAUAUAUAUCACUAAAAGGGGCGUUAUGGUGACAGCAUCUCCAUAGCUGAACAACGCACAAAUGGGUAAUAAUGAAUUUCUACAUAUCAAAUAAUCUGAUAAAUCGUACAUAAUUACAAUAAUUACAAUUCAAAUAAAAAAUAAAUAGUUUA